GGGGGGCGCCUGAGACGGGAGUCUGAGCUGUGGAUGCGGCUCAGGGUCCGGCGUGGUGCGGGUUCCCAUGUGGACAGCGGGACAGAAACUUGUUGUUUUAACCGAAAUUAACCUGUGAGGAAAAGCAAGAUGACCUCUUUAGCCUAUCAGCUGAAGCGUUUGGCACUCCCCCAAAAUGAUGCAAGUCUUCUCUCUCGUAAAGAAGUAGCGUCAUUGUUGUUUGAUUGCAAGGAAGCUGCUACUAUUGACAGGGAGACUUUCUUUGCCAUAGGAUGUACUGGUCUCGAGGAACUUAUUGGAAUUGAUCCAGCUUUUGAAGAAUUUCAGUCAACGCUCUUCAGCCAAGCUUCCAAAGGUCUAGAGCGUAGUGUUCAGACUAAAGAAGUGAAUGCCCAGCUCGAUGAGAAUAUAUUGCGUUUCCUAACACGUUUAUCUCCGUUCUUUAUGCUAAAGCCUGCCCAGAAGUGCCUUGAAUGGCUUAUUCACAGAUUCCAUAUCCAUCUGUAUAAUCAGGACAGUUUGAUUGGCUGCAUUCUUCCCUAUCAUGAGACAAAAGUGUUUGUGAGAACCGUUCAGCUCCUUGCACUCAAAGACCCAACUUAUCGUUGGCAUUGGUUACAGUGCAUACAGAAACCAGGCAUCCCAUUGGCAAGAAGCACUUUAAUCACGCAUUGUUACAAAGAUCUGGACUUUAUGGAUUUUAUCUGUAGUUUGGUAAUCAAGGCAGUCAAGGCAUUUGCUGACUAUCCCAACAGUGCAGCACAUUUGAGAGUUCUGUUUUCUUUUUAUGCAUCUACCAUAGUUGCAGCAUUAAGUGCUGUAGAUAAAGUAACUGACUCCAUCAUCGCCAAGUUGCUUCCAUAUAUCCAGAAGGGACUGAAGUCUUCAUUGGCAGAUUACAGAGCUGCUACAUACAUGAUAAUCUCUCAGCUUGCUGUGAAAGUUGUCUUGGAGCCUUCUCUGGUAAACACUCUGGCCCAGCAAAUCUGCAAAGUGCUUGUAAAGAUCCCAACUCUGAUACGAGAGGGACUAAGUUGCCUGAUUAUUUUACUGCAGCGUCAAAAGAGUGAAAAGAUUAGUCAAAAGACCUUUAAUAAUCUCUGUAACAUCCCUGACCUUAUCAUAAAUCUCCAAGAGAUUGAUGCUCGGUAUAAAGUUUCUCCUCUGCUCAAUCAUCUUCUCCCCAAUCUGAUCCAUUCCAUUAUCACAGCUGAAGAAAAUGAAAAAAGUCCUGGUUCCCAAACACACCUCCAACUUCUGGAAGCUGUACUUCAGACUAUUACACUGGAGAGCAACUUGGACCAAACUGUAGCCAACAAGCUUCUUGAGGAGUAUAUUUCUCAUUCGACACAGGAUAUUGACCCUGACAGUCUCUCUGCAUUAAAUCAGAAAAUUAUGCCCUUGGUCAGACUAUUGGAAACAAGGUACCCCAAAGCUUAUGAAUUAUCUUUGGGAAGCCAAAUGAAUAAAUUUACAACCCAGAGAGAGCAAGAUGUCUUCAACCAGUUUAUCUCUCUGUCUUUGAGCAGUGCAAAGUAUCAGUUGUUGACAGAUUCUGACACAUCGCUAUUGCUGAGUCUUAAUCACCCACAGCCUAACAUCCGAAGAUCUGCUUUGGAGCACUUAAAGGAAAUCAUUAAAACCUCACAGGAAGGAUAUGACGAUACUUUCUUGAAAGAAAGUAUUUUGGGACGGAUAAAAGAUGACAGUCCAGAAGUAGUUCUUGUUGCUCUACAGGCUCUGGAGGCCUACUCUAGACAGCUUGGUCAAGAAAAGACUGUUUCUUCUCUUUUGUCACUGUUUCAACGAGUGGAUCUUUCUGAGAAUGAGCACUGGUAUGUUGUUCUUGAAGAGGCAGUUAAUUUUUUAAGUAUGGGAAAUCUGUAUAAUGGGAAUGCAGAGCUGACACAUCAGAUAUGGAUGGAACUGAUGCCUUAUGUGGUACUGACCAACCCAACAGAACAAUCGGUUGAGCGGAAAAUGACAAAGUUUAUUGUUAAUUCAGAUCUGUGCUCCAAGAAUCCACUGCUUCGUGGCUGGCCAGCAGUACUUGAAGAAGUAUUAGACAGCUGUAACUUGAGAGAAAUGGUUGGCAAGGCAAGUCAGAAAAUGAUUGAGCUCCUGGCAAAUAACUUGUGCUCAAUGGAUCCUUCUGCAAGGACUCAAAUGAUAGAAAAUAUUGUGCAAGUCAUUAAAAAAGAAUCCCCAAACCCGAAGCACAAGCUGACCUCUGUUGUACUGAGUUUUGCUUUAGUCCAGACCUUGGAGAUGCAGCCGGAUCCAGAACGUUUACAACAUGCUCUACAAGUAUAUGGUGUUUUAGAGAAAAGACUGAAGAAACUAGUUGCAAAAAGCAGAGACUGGAGAAUUUUGCGAAAGUGGCAUCUUCAUUAUAUUGAAGGGAACACGUUACCAGUGGACCUACUUACUGAAUAUGUAGAGCAUAUGCAGGUUGAUGUUGGUUGGAGUGCAGAAUCUGGAUUUAUACUCAUUUUGUUGCUAAAGAACCUAAUUAUGGCUUUCAAACCACCUGAAUCGCUGCUGAAAGAACAGUCUUGGUGGAACCCUGAAAGUUUGGAUGAACAAAAUUGUAACUACCUUCAUCUUCUCAUUGACGUGUUUGAUCUUAUUAUGUGUGGUGCAAGUGAAGGAAGCCUCGUAGCAAGCUUCAGGAUACUCUUGCAGCUUUUGAUUCAGACUCAUCUGCCUGAUCCCAGUCAUCUCUUCAGGUUCUUGUCACUUGUGUGGACCUAUAAUUAUAACCUUAGUAACCAGUUGAACAGAACAGUAGGUGUCAUACUACAGACCCGAGCCUUUUACUUGGGUUGCGCACUAUUUGAUUAUGCUGGGACAGAAUUUCUAUCAUCACAAGUGGUGGUGUCCUUAGUCAUUUCUCUGGGUAGCCCUGUAAGAGAGGUGCGUCGGGCAGCAAUUGCCUGUUUACAAACAAUAGCAAAAGUACCAGGAUCUGGAUUUGAUGUGGUUAUUAAUAGUCUUGCUAAUAUGGCAGAAGAAAUCAUUGCAGAUCCCAUGCACUUAAGUCAGGCUCUAGGGACAUUAUUUGAGGAAAUUUUAACACCCACUGGACCAGCAAGGUCACAGCACACAAACCUGACACAAGCUCUUGAGAAUUUUCUGCAGUGUUUUGGAGAUCAAGGUCAACCAUCGUAUGUCACACGUAAUUUGCUGGAAGUAUUCGAACAAGUGAAUGGAGAGAUCGUAUUAUCCAGAUUGUUACCCCUACUGGAGAGACUCCUAGGAAAGGAACCUGACACUUUCCUCAAAGAUGAAGCCCUUAUGCUGCAUAUGGUUCUCUCAAAGUACAAUGAACAAUCUGCGACUUUACUGGCGAAGAAUUCGCAAAGUCUGGAUCUUUUCAUCAGUGCCUUGAAUAAUUCCAAGGAAGUGUACAGAGGCUUGCCAGCACUGCAGAUCACUGCAUUUGGACAGAUUACAAAAAGUUUCUUUGCAGCACUGCCUGAUGUGAAGAUACAGCAGAGGUUGCUGGGAGUACUGUUCGACCUGCUUGUGCAAACUAAAAACCCAGUCUCUGCACAAACAAUAAGCAGUGUUUUCAAGGCGAUUGUAGUUGAUGCAGAACAAGUUGCCCGGGAGCUGGGACCUUUGGAAAAAUCUCCAAGUCGUGCAACCAUUCAGCAGACCAGAAGGCAGAAAAUGCAACAGCAAAGGAAAUCUCAAGAUUUGCAGAAUUUGGAACCUGUUUCUGCAACCGGUAACAUUAACUGGCAGAGAGUUACCCUCAUCAUGGAGUUGUUGCAACACAAAAAGAAACUCAAAAAUCCCCAGACUUUGGUUCCUACCCUUUUCAGCCUUCUGUCCAGGUCUCUGGAUCCUGCAUUAUCCGAGCAGAGCACCCUGGAGUACACAAAGCAGCUGAUCCUCAAUUGUUUACUGAACCUCUGCCAGAAACUGUCACCUGAUGGAUCCAAGAUAAGCAAUGAUGUUCUUGAUGAAGAGAAGUUUAACGUGGAGCUGAUUGUUCAAUGUGUCAGGACUUCAAAUAUGCCUCAGACACAUCAUCACGCAUUGCUGCUCUUGGGUGCUGCUGCAGGAAUGUUCCCUGACAAGGUUCUCCAUAAUAUCAUGCCUAUAUUUACCUUCAUGGGUGCCAAUGUGAUGCGACUGGAUGACAGCUACAGUUUCCAGGUCAUAAACAAGACUGUGCAGACUGUCAUUCCAGCUCUUAUUCGGGCUGACAAUGAAGGUCCUGCAGAAAUCAAAGAGAACGUGGAAAAUGUUGUAACAAAAAUUAUCCGUGUAUUUGUGGAUGCCAUGCCACAUGUGCCUGAACACCGGCGAGUGCCUGUUCUUUCUAAGCUCAUUGAGACAGUGAGUGCAGAGCGCUUCCUUUGGGCCCUCCUGUUGCUGCUAUUUGAGCAGCAUGUAACCAAGACCACUUCUUCAGCAACCAAUGACGAAAAGGAAACAGUUUUGGAAAGUAAUGUCGAGUUCUGGAUCACUGUUGGCUGCGAGUUUACUGUUCAAGAACAACUCCAGAGUUUCAUCAAUGUUUUGCGUUACUUAGCCAAGCUCCCUGAAGACAAAGAGGAAACAACCAAAGAAAAGGGGAAAGCAAACACAAGAAAGAACAAAGCAGGGAAACCAAAUGAAGUGGAACCACUGGUCAACAUUGACGGUCUCACAGCCAAAGAGCUACGCCAUUUCAAAUUUCUUUCCAUCUCGUUUAUGGCUCAGCAUCUCGCCUCUGAAAGCUUUAUUGGAAAGGUUGCAGAUUGUAAUACUUCUGAAGAUGAAACCCUGCAGAAGCUUGAACAAAGUUUACUAGAGGAGAUUCUUUGCUACAUCAAUGUGGUUGCCCACAGUGUAGAGGAGAAUGCAGAGAAACCCACAGCUAAAUUCUGGAGGACUCUACUCAACCGGUCAUAUGAUGUUCUGGAUAAAGUGAAUGCCUUGCUACCCACAGAAUCUUUCAUUCCAGUGAUACGAGGACUGAUGAAUAAUCGUUUACCCUCUGUUAGACGUAAAGCCAUCGAUCUCCUCAAUAAUAAGCUCCAGCAGCACAAAAUUGAGUGGCAGGAACAUCAGGUGAAGUUGCUUUUGAGCCUAAUUGAGGAGCUUCUGAACAUUGUUUGCUGUAAGGAAAUAGAAGUGGAGCAAGCUGUUAACCGUCAGACCGCCCUCUUUAGCCUGAAACUCUUGUGCAGGUGUUUUGGUGCAAGUCACCAGGAUUUGUUUGUGCCUGUGCUGGUGACUGCUGUUGACCUCAUCGCAGGGGACAAUGAAGAGGAAAGAAAUCUGCUGGGCAAUGCGUUACUUUGCAUUGCUGAAGUUACCACUGCACUCAAAGCACUGGCAAUACCACAGCUUCCAAGGCUGAUGCCAGGACUUCUGAAGAUCUUGAAAAAGCAGAAAUCUCUGCUGUCCAAUGAGAUUUAUUUGCUAAGUGCUGUUACAGCAUUGCAGAGAGUUGCAGAAACACUGCCGCAUUUCAUCAGCCCUUACCUACUCAACAUUCUAGUACAAGUCACCCGGUUGACCAAGAUUGCUGCAAAGGCAAGCCACUCGUCACAGCUUGAUAAGCGUUUAACAUCACUUCGAACUACACUGGCCACAAAGCUAGCUUCUCGGGUUCUAUUGCCAUCGAUCAGCAAGUGCUAUGAUAAACUUGCUGACACCAAGCAGCAUUGCUUAGGUCCACUUCUCGACAUCCUGAAGGAACAUAUUUGUAACAUGGCAAAGGAACAAUUGAAUUCCCAUCAAUCUGAACUCACAUCGUUCUUCCUCAAAGCCCUGGAUUUCAGAGCUGACCACUUGGAGGAUGACUUGGACAAAGUGGGUGAAAUUGAAGGUCAUGUCAUUAAUUGUCUUGUUGGCAUGAUAAUGAAACUUUCGGAGGUUACUUUUAGGCCUUUGUUCUUUAAGCUGUUUGACUGGAGCAAGUCUGAGGGAUUCCCAACAGAUCGAUUGAUUACAUUCUACCGCCUGGCAAAUUGCAUUGCAGACAAGCUUAAAGGUUUAUUCACCCUUUUUGCUGGGCAGCUAGUGAAGCCUUUUGCUGAAAUUCUGAACCAGACAAAUAUUGUCAAGACAGAUGAAAGUUUCUUUGACUCAGACAACAGCACAAAGAAAUCUUGCCUAUUGCUUCAGUUCAUCACUGACUGCAUGCACAAAAUCUUUCUCUUCGACACUCAAAAGUUUGUCAGUAAGGAAAGAGCCGAUACUCUCAUGAUGCCCUUAGUGGAUCAGCUGGAGAACAUGCUGGGAGGUGAGGAGGAGUACAAGGAUAGAAUGACCAAUCAUCUUAUCCCAUGUAUUGCUCAGUUUUCUGUUGCAAUUGGUGAUGACUCCCUCUGGAAACCACUGAAUUACCAGAUCUUGCUUAAAACAAGGCACAGCUCACCAAAGGUGAGGUUUUCUGCUCUCACUAUGUUGUUGAAAUUGGCUGGUAAACUAAAGGAGAACUACAUGGUGUUAUUGCCUGAAACCAUCCCCUUCUUGGCAGAACUGCUGGAAGAUGAAUGCGAGGAAGUGGAGAACCACUGUCAGAAAGUGAUCAGGCAGCUGGAAGUCAUUCUUGGAGAGCCAUUACAGAGCUACUUCUGAAAGCCAUGUUGUACAAGUUUUAUAAUUAGAUUAUGAAUGUUUUUAUAUGUACAGUAAAGGUUUGUAUUGAGAAUUAUGUGAUCCACGUGUAUUUAAAUAUACUGGCACCACUGUUACUGAAUUAAUGGUGCUGAAAUUGCAGAAUUUUAUCUUAAUAUGUGCAAACCAACAUCUGAGGAUUUUUACCUGAUUUGGUUCAGCUUGGACAUCGAGGAGUGGGCAGUUGUACAGUCUCUGUAUUGCUAUUAAUGGGUUUGAUUUUUUUUCUAACUUGUGGUUAUCACCCGCAACUAAUAAUAAAUGU